GGACCAGCCUGUGACUGCUCUGCUUAUUAUAAAGAAAUUAUUUAAUUAAUUUCCUGAUUCGUUUCAAAAGUAUAUUUUUAUUUUUAACUUACCACAAACCGCUUUCUCUCUCUAGAGCUAACCACCGCUCGCCCUCUCUUCGGAGCUAGCCACCAUGCUGACACCCAACGCUACUAUAGCCGGAAACGGCGCCUCCACAACAGGCAUCAUCCACCGUCUGGUUUCCCAGGAUCAGGACGUCAAGCUCAAGGCUCUCCGUCAGUUCAAGAACCAAAUCAUUGGUAACCGCACCAAGAAGCAUGUCCUCAAGCUCGGCGCCGUGCCUGCCGUCGCCACUAUCCUAGCAGACGCCAUUUCGGCAGAUGACGUCAUCAAUAACAAUUAUAAUGAUAAUAAGAAUAAUGAUUAUAAUUAUAGCGUUAACAAAAAUAUCAUUGUACAUUCAGCUGCGGUGCUUGGCAGCUUCGCUUGCGGCUUCGACCCAGGAGUCCAAGCCGUUCUCGAAGCUGGCGCAUUUCAGAAUUUGUCGCGGCUCCUUUCGAAUCUUGAUGAGAAGGUGGUAGGUGCUGGUGCACGUUCUCUUAAAAUGAUUUAUCAAUCAAAAUGUGCUCCAAAGUAUGAUUUCCUUGAAGAGAAAAACAUGGAAUUUCUUCUUUCAUUAUUGAAUAAUGAGAAUGAAACUGUUAAUGGGCUUGGUGCAAGUAUUAUUACUCAUUCCUGUAAGACAAGUUUAGGGAAGAUAUUGUUUGAUGCAGGGGUUUUAAAGAAGCUUACUAGCCUUCUUCAGGGUUCUUUAAGUCAGAGAGAUGCCAGCUUAGAGUCUCUAGCGACAAUCUUCAAUAACAAUUCCGAAAUUGUUCUAAAGUUUGUUGGACCUGACAGUGGAAAAGCUUUGGUUUCUAUAAUUGAGCUAGUGAAGGAUAGAUCUGUCCGGACAAGAUUGUUGGCUUCCUUGUGCUUGAUUGUCAUAAGUAACGCUUCUCCUUGCUAUCUGCAAGAUGUAGGGAUCAAAGCCAAACUUAUAACUACUCUACUUGAGCUUCUAGAUGAUCCUGGUCAAAUUGGAGAAGAAGCUUCCUUUGGUUUCUCUCGUUUGAUAGCACAAAAGGAAGAUGUCCAUAAACUAGCCUUUGAGCAUAGCGCUGUUGAUAAGCUUUACAACCAUUUGCAAAAGGGUUCAUUACAUCCUAGAAAGUAUGAAGGAAUAUUGUUGGCAUUGGCUGACAUGUGCUCGAAGUUGGAAUGUUGCAGGGAUAGAUUUUUAUCGUUGCAGGAAUUGAACAUGGUAAUAGAUGCUCUAGCACAUGACAGUGCUGAUGUGCGUAUUGCAGCUUGCAUUUGCUUAAAAAGUGUAUCUCGAUCAAUCAAGAAUUUGAGUGCAGGUUUUUUUAUGAAUGAAAUGGUUGUCAUUCCCUUGGUUCGGCUGUUAAAUGAACCUUCUACUUCUGUCCAGGUUGCUGCUCUUGGUGCUGUUAGCAACAUAGUGGUUGAUCUUACAACUUGUAGGUCAACAUUUUUUCGGUUUGGAGGCGUGAAACAGCUUGUUCAGUUAUCAAAAUCAAUGGAUGCAACAAUCAGGCUAAAUGCUUUAUGGGCUUUGAGGAAUUUAAUGUUCCUAGCAGAAAAUAAGUGUAAGGAAGAAGUAUUUACAGAGCUUACUGCACCCUUAUUAGCAAGUCUUAUCUGUGACCCUGAAUCUUUUGUUCAAGAGCAAGCUCUAGCCUUUGCUCGUAACCUUAUUGAUGGAUGUAUAGACUCUGUUGAGUAUAUGUUUGCUGAAGACGGUAUUAUAUUUGAUGCUGUUGGAAGACAAUUAAAGAGUGUUUCGAAAGCUGAAAUUGCGAUACAGGGAAUGUAUGUGCUCAGCAAUGUGUCAACCGGAAAAGAGUAUCACAAGGAAGCAGUAAUAAAUCAACUCCUUUCACAUGAAGAGAAUGGAACCCAAUCCUGUAUAAUGAAGUUUUUGCAGAGUAACUGCAGCCAAUUACGUACAGCUACUGUUUGGGUUGUGCUAAAUCUAAUUUGUUCAUCAAGUACAGGUGCAUUUAGUAGGUUUGUAAGAUUAAGUGAUGCUGGCAUAGUUUCUCAAAUGAAGAAUAUGGUGAAUGAUCCCUGCCUGGAUGUAAAGCUCCGGGUCAGAACAGCGCUUGUACAAUUUACGAAUUUUGAGGAUGGCUCAAGAUAGUUCUUGUUGUAUCAAAGCAGAGAAAACUGAUGCUGAUAGAGUUUCUGGAUUUUGGUUUUUACCUUGUUUGUAGGAUACUGUUCAGAUUUUCUCCGGAGGCUCCCAACAACAUGGCCCAACACAUUGCUUUGAAUUUUUUUGCAGUCAGAAGGGUUCAAGAGCUAUCAUUCGUUGUUGGUAUUGCCAACCAGGUUACGUUUGUAUAUCUUAUUCCAUUGAUACGUACAUAUUUUUUGUCAAAUUUUUGUAUGUGUCAGAUAGCUGUAUAAACUGUAUGAUUAUGUACCAUCUGAAUUGUAUAUUGCCUGUGAUAGAUUGCAGUGGUUUAUCCUAACAUUUAUAUGGUCAUUUCCGACUUCUGUUGUACUA